CUGUCAAAAUGCCUAAUAUGGCUGCUUUGUGUUCUUCGUGUUUUGUGUCGUUCUUAUUGUGAAUAUUAUAAAUAAAAACUAACAUGAGUCAUACCAGGUCGUAAAUGAAAGCUGUACUAACGAACGGACCUAUCUACAAAUUACGAAAACGCUCGAGCUCUGUGUAGGAUUCUCGAAAUAAAUAUGCCAGUGAACAAGUCAACACAAAUUAGAGGUAACGAGAUCGAUAAAAGCAAACGUCGUCAUAAAACUGACGACACUGUUGUUGCAACAGCGACACCAAAUAUCUGUGAAGAUACGGUGCAAUCCUCAAAAAUGGAGACCCCAAACGAUUACACUGGGAAACCAACAGAAUUGAUUCUUCAAGGCAACUCUCACUUAAUGUCAAGCACCACGAGCAGUCUGGCCGAUACGCCUGGUGAUUCUGGUGUAUUGUGUUUAGAUAGUGAUGCAUCUGAAGCAACUAGUCAGGCCCUCAUGACUCAUAGUCUUGUUGGAGCAGAGGAACUAACUUGCGAUAGUCUUUACGACGCUCCUCCUUCGUGCUCCCAAGACAUGAUAAAAAGUACCACUAGCAGCAUUAUGACCCGCAGUGAUAUUGACAAUCAAAAUAUAGCAGCCUCAGAAGAUGUUGUCCCUGAACUUGUAAUUGAAACAAAAAAGUUAUCACCGUUUGAAAACCUCCCUGAUGUAAUACUAAAAGCUUUAGAAAGUGAAAAAGGUUGUGUAGAAGAAAUCAGAAAACCUGCUCUGAGAUCUUGCGAACCAAAGAAAUCAUUAUCAGAGGACAUAGUAUACAGACGGAGAUGUAGAAAAAAGUCACAAAGUGGUCCAAGUUCACAAAAGAAAAGGGUCUCGUUUCAUGAGGAUAUAUUAAAUAGCACAAAAACAGAUAACAUACAUAUUGAGCGUGGCUUCAUUUCGUAUAGACCAGAUAGUUCAUACUGUGAUAGAUUUAGGCAAAAGAACAAUGUUGCAUCUGACAGAUUCUCAUGGUGUGCAUCUGGAGACCAAACACCAAAAUAUGCAGCAGAUGUAGCUCAACAAACUAUGUCCGAUAUUCUUGCAUAUGGAGAUUCAAAAAAUGAUAGAAGCGGUAUAUUUGAAUACUGUCAAAAUGAUGAGGCUGAAAAGCAAACUAAUAAAGAUAAAGACAACAAUAAUGAACUUAGAACAAGCGGGAAAUUAUAUGGUUGUGAUUCUAACAGCUCUGAUUCUAAUUUUAGUUGUGAUUCAGAAACAUCUUCCAGUGAUUCAACUUCUUCCCAUUCAAAUAAAACUGAAACCUCUCCAGUGCGUAGGAAGUGUGACAAAACCCAAAAAUCAUACUCAUGUGAUGCAUUUGAAAAUAAUGCACAUGUUGCAUUCAUGAGGAAAACCUACUUUUCUGAAGCUGAUAUUGAUCAAUCACACAGUAGAAUGAAGAAACCGCUCGAGGUUCAGCAAAGCCCAAUAGCUGUAAAAUCAGUUUUAAAAAAGAAACGUUACAUACCUACAAAUAUUGUUGAAGAGAAGAAACAGAACAAUAAAGUUCUAAGCUUACUGGAUGCAAACAAUAUAAUAGAGUCAUUAAAAAAUUUCUACAAAAACUUUCAAUUCAAUUUUGCUCCUGAAAGAGGUUUGCCAGAAAGUACUUUAGACUUGAACAAUGUUGUUGAAGCUAUUCCAUGUGACAUCAAUCAGAACAGCAAUAUUUCCAAAAGCUUAGAUUCUGGGUUCCAUGUUGACGGGGAAGAUGAUUUUGUUGAAAUAAAUCUUAAUGGUCAAACUUUGGAAUCUGGUAAAUCAAAAGAUAUUCCUGCACAGCCCAAGACUAAUGUAACUGGAGUUAAGACACCUAAUGGAGGAUCACCUCGCCACAAACUAACACUGAAUAUGAAAAAUCAAGAUAGAAGAUGUAACAAAGGAGAUGUCCCAGCAUCUCUUAAUAAGUACAUAGUUAAUUGUGAAAGUACUGUGUAUGAGCACAAGGGUGUAUCUUAUAGUUAUGUACAUGAUACGUUCCAGACUGCAUUUGAUGCACCUAAAGAAUCUUUUGUACCAAUACCUGAGUCGACCCCAGUGAAAGAACCAACUGCAACUACAACAACAACUACAACAAACAAAGAUAAUUCAAAACAUUCUGAAAUAGAUACAUCAAGCAAGACAUCCACACCAAAGAGGCAGUUCAAUAAGAAUGUCCAAGAAGAAACUGAACAAAAGAAUGGUAUUUCUAAACAUUUGUCAUCCCCUAAAAGGCAGAAUGUGAACAGAUAUAGUCGUAAAUCAGCAUCAACUAUCCAGAAGUUAACAGAUGAAGAGAAAAUUAAAGGAAAUGUUGAAAACUGCUCCAACACUGACAAUUCUACUUUGAAAGGUGCCGAGGAUCUGAAUGAUGAGUUCUUUGAUAGUCCUGCAAACCAAAAGCUGCAAUGUAACAAAUCAGCCUUACUGAAUAGAUAUCUGAAAAAUGUUUGUCAAAGGAAAGACCUUGAGCUGAAAAUAAAGAACAAUAAAUUCUUUCAAAUUAAACUGUUGUUAGAAAAGCAUUUUCCUAGCAUCAUAAUUCCUUUCAAAGAUGUGUCUGAGUCUUUUCACAUUUCAGCCGAGAGGAUGUCGCGUCUUAUAGACAAAGAGGUAAUAGAAAACAAAAGAUUGUCUGUGAGAAUGCUUACAGCAGAAGAACCAUCAUACUUUGACAGUUUCGAGGACAAUGUCGCCAUUGAAUGUAACGAGAAAUUAAGAUUGAAAAUAUUUACUUAUCCCAAUGAAACAUUGAAUAGGAUGAUGAAAGUCCAAUCACCUUAUUUCAUGGAUGACGGAUCAUGGAUGCCUCUAUUAGUCUUCAUAACAGAUUACGCAUUAUAUGUGGCCAAUGUGAAGCAGAAAGGCACAGAAUAUGAAAUCUUAUGUAAAUUACCCCAUAAUGAACUGGAUGCUAUAGCUGUUGGUCCCGAAGCCCAGUACAUUCAGGUGAUUGACAUAGCAGGAAACAUAGCUUGUUCGGUUGUAACGAGUGAAACUACACUCGGAGCGCGUUUAGCGUCUUCGUUGGAAUGGAGCGCUCGUACAUCUCCACUGCGGAUACAGCGUCCGCCCGCAAUGAUCCCGCUCACUUGCCGGGAAUUAGCCGCCGCCGUUGCCAGGAAGCGACUCGAGAAACGGGUUCCAGAAGUCCUUUUUUACGGUAGAGCGUGUUCAGAAGACGCGUGCGACAGGCUUAUAGACGCACCCGGUGCCUUUGCCCCUCCACUCGAAGGAUACCUCAUGUGCCGCACUGACAAGAGUCGGCGCUACGAACCAUGCUACUUCUUAUUAAGAGCUGGGGUGCUACAGUGGGGUCCUCACAGUCCCGACGGCCUCACGCCGCUCCCGCACAGCAUCGCUCUCCGCACCGCCGUGGGAGUGAGGCGGCACGUGGACGCGACCCGCAGACCGCACUGCUUCGAAGUAGCACUCGAGUCCUCUCGACUCCUACUGGCCGCACCCGAUGACGCGACUGCUUCUAACUGGCUGCAGUCUCUGUUGCUACAUGCCGCUCAGGCCUUAGAAGAGAAAGACGGCUACAAAAAAUCGGAUCGCGAGACAAGCGUACCGCCGGCAGGUUGUACGGUGCUGGUCACACCUUAUGAAGUGCUCAGCGUGAGGGAGACAUUAGACAUGGCUUUCGUGGCCGGAGCCUCGGGGUACCUGAAGGAUAGGGGGUCGGAUGCUCUGCUGAAAGAAUACAUCGAAGAAAUGCGAACCGACAUCGAGAUAUUAGCGUGCGGAUCGAUAAAGAAUUUGACUUCGUUUAAAAUUCCGGAUACAGACGAAAAUUGGUGUUGCCUGGAGUGGAGCGUUUGCGAGGCGAGGGAGAGGGGCGCGGGGCUGGCGCUAGUGAUGGCGAGCAGCAACGAACUCGAGCGGUUCAUAGCUGCCGUCGAACAGGCAUUCUGCGCACUCACCUGCGAGCCUUUCCCUCUGACCGUGGUCGAAGCCACGAAGUCAUCGUGCAGCACCACACACAUGAAAUACGAAGCCGCCUGGUCACACAUGCUCCCCUCACAGCAGUAAUCCUGAAAAAGGAAAAUAAUAUCAGCAAGGAAAAUCGACCAAAAAUGUCGACUUUUGGUGUAAGUAAGUAAAAAUAGGAAAACAAAACACUGUAUUGUUAUAUUUGUCUUCACAGUCAUAAAACAAUUGCGAACGGGAUGCGGAAUUAAGGACUUAAUAUUUGUUUGUUGAAAUUCAAUUUAAAAGGAAUGUGUAUACAUUACGUACACGUGCGUACACAUGCGUACGCGUCCGUGUAAAUUGCGUAUGCGCCCGUACUUAUAAAGUCGACAGAUUUGUAUUCACUAGUUACUUAUGGUAAAAGUAAUGAGUGCGUUUAACAUCUGAUCAACAAAGUGAAUAUUUUAAAGAUGGUUAAUGAUAGAUUUAUUGUAAUUUGCGCAAAAAAAGUAAUCUUGAUACAGAAAUAAAAAAUUAUUAAUCAUGUAUUAAUUUUUAAACAUUUAAGACAUUCGUCGGAUUUCGAUUGGUCAAAUAUAUUUUACUUAGCUGGAUAUUUUAGUCGAACCCUUUGUAUUAACUAGGUGCUGCAUUCUGUAACAUGUACUAGCCACAAGAGUGAUACUCAUAGUAUAUAAUAGUCAAAUAUUGUUUAACUAUAUACCAAUCUUUAGCAGCUACUUUUUAAUACGAAUUGAAAGUUGUUUGAUCUCAUUUCUUACAUUUCUGCGAUUCAUUUUCAUGAAAUUUUACAAGAUAUUCAAAUUUAACUGUAAUAUUAUCACAAUAUGAAGAUAUAUUAUGGUUAUUUCGCUGCGAUAUGCCUGAAGGUUCCUGUUAUGAAGAUAAAUAACACUGUUGGUCCUUAAAACGGAAUUAAAUAAAAUUAUUUAUUAUAUUAUUCGCUCCUAUAAUGAAUAAAUGCUUGCCAAUGACAAAAUGUACAUUAAAAUUAUUCAUAAGUAUUUAAUGAUAUUUACAAAAAGUAUAUUCUGAUUCUCGUCUUUAUAUUCACGUAAAUAAUCCAAACGAAGGAAAUAAAGGCGAGUUUUUUUUUGCUUAUUCCCUACUGUAUAUAUCAUAAUAUAUAGUAGAUAAUAUUAUUCAGUCAAACAACAAAAAUAACAUCAACAUUUUUUUGGAACAUUUCCAAUAAAUUUCUGAACAUACACGAUAUUCACAUUAGCACUGUAUAUGACGGUGCGUCAUGUUGUUGCUUCGUGUAAACAAUGUUAAUAUGCUAUUAGGUGAUUUAGAUGCUUUGUAGAAUUAUUACUGUUACGUAGACAUUAUAGUUUUUUAAGAUUCGGUAUCUGUUUUGUUUUAUCGAUAUUCGAAUCGAUACAUAACCCGAUACAUGAAUAAGUCGUAACGUACAAUUACAAGUCCCUUAUCGAAUAUAGUAAUGAAGAUAAUUAUAACUCGUCAAAACGUGCUUAAUUAAAAUAUGUAUAAAAUAAAAUGAGAAUUGCUUUCGAAUUAAAAUUAUUUGUGUGGUCUAUAUUGAACUCAGUACUUACAAGGAUUGUAUUAAUAAAGUAAUGAUUCCACGUUUAACAUUAUAACAACAAAGCAAUAAGUAGUCGUACUUAAGUAAUUAUUCAGAUGAAUUAUUUAUUAAUCAAAUACGAUAUUAUGAAUAUAUUAUAGAUGAUUGUUCGUGUGUAAUUAAAAUCGACCACAAAUACAAGUAUUUACUCAAAAAAUUAUAGUAACCCUAUCUAUCAAUCUCCCUUCCUUAUGAUAUGAUAUUAUAUUCGAUUAUAUUUCUUAGUAUUGAAUCGAUUGUUUCGAAAUAUUUAGUAAUCAUAAUGGAGUGUAUUAUAGUAUUAUGAUGACAUGUAAUCAAAUAGAAAAAAAAAACAUUUUUUUUUUCAUAACUUUGUAGAUGUAAAAGUUAGUUACUAUUGAGAGAAGAUUCUGGAAGCCUUCGCUCGGUGUGUCCGUAAGUAAAGAAACGCACUAUUCUGAAACUUGGUUAAACGAGUGUCAAUAUCACUUCGAAAUGAAUAAAAUCGAUGAGAUUAAGCAUAUCGUUUCGCAAGUUUCAUAGAAUAAGGCUGCCGUGGCCGACUUCAACGUAGAUAGGUAGUUUUGUACGCGAAAAGAGGUGUUUUUGGCUUUGUUUUUUUUUUUUUGUGAACCUUGAGUGGCUUUAUUGUUUUAAAGCUAAUUUUAAUGGUUUUGUUUUUAAAAAGGAAAAAAAAAAUCAUUAUUUCGAAUAAAAUUUUGUGGAGUCUUGUUUGUUGGAUAUAUUUAUUGUCUAAGUCUAUUGUCUAUUCAAUCGUAUAGUUUCUUGAUUAUAUUUUUUUAAAUGUCACAAAUUAUUUUGUAUAUGAUUUAAAUGAAUAUGGUUGUCUCGUUUCGUUACCAAAUAAAUUAUAUCGAAUUACAAUAUCUGUUUGUAUUUGUAUUUGUAUAUAUAUAGGCCAAUGUACUGAGGUCGUGUGAUAUUAAUGUAUAUUUAGAGUAGUUUGUAUCUCAGUGAUGAAAUGUAAUUGCAUAAUUCCAUUCAAUUAAUUUAUUCAUUAUGAUUACAAUCAAAUUUAGCAAAUUUUCAAUAAUUUAAAUGUAAGUUUUUUUUUUAAUGAUAAACGCUUUUGUUAAAUAUUAAAAUCGAUUUUUUUUCUCUAUACAUCGAUAAUUUAGAUCACGCGCUUGCAAUCGAUAAAAUUUUGCGCCUUUACUAUGAUUUACUAUCUGUGAUUUGUUUGUAGCUAUUAAGUUUGUUGUUUAUUAGGCAUAAUAAAUAAAAAAAACUAGUUUAGAAUAUUAUUUUUGGGUCUUUGCAGUUAGCAAUCAGUGAAAAUGUGUUCUUAAAAUUUUAUCUCGUUCAAUUUUUUUUCAAUAAUACACAAAUAACGAGAUGAAAUUUUAUGACAAAUUCAUACAGUGGAUAAACAUUCUUACUAAAUUGUGAUGAAUAUUAUUAUCUGACUGUGAGUGACCUAACUUGUUAUUAUCUGAAUCGCUAUCAAACGAAAUUAGGCCGCAAUUAAGAACUUAAUAAAAUAAUUUCCGAACAUUGAUCUCUAAUUGGAAUCAUUCAUAAAAUGUCACGUACUUUAUUAGCUUUCUGACAUUAAAACUUUUUUUCUGUAAGAAACUGGCAACAUUUUGCGAUUAUUUUCCCAAAGACCAAAAACGUAUUUAAUUGGCUAUGACGUAUUGUUGUUAAGUUAUAUUUUUCUUGUUGUCUCAUGCAUCACGCUGUUAGAUAUUACGAAGUAUUAGAUAAGAACAAUAAUUAAUGUUUGUAUUCGCAUUAAAUACAUAGAUCUGUUUUAGAUUCGAUGCCUAUUUAACCUUACACAUGAUUAUCCAUCCAAUAUUGUAUUUCAUAUAAUUUUUUCAGAUGUGGAUUGUUGAUUAAUAUUUCAAGAUUCUUAUAACUCUGUCUGUUCGCACUCAUAUCCUAUAAAUAUAAUGCAUGUUUUUAUUAAUCAUUCAACAGGUAAUAGGAAACCAUGUCUUUGGUAAUAAAAAUACUGUGUGGUGGGUUUUUAGUACUAUGCCGAAAACCUUACAGAGCUCUCAAAAAUGUUUCAAUUGUAUUGAACGAACGAUGAAUUCAUAGAAGACGAAUAUAGACAAAGGUUUUGCUGUAUACCUGAUAUUGACAUGUCAAUGAGUUCCGGCAACCACUCGCCUUCAACUAGAUCGCGUAUUCGCGUGCUUUUGAAGUAAAAAAACGAUUCGAAUUGGGCAAAGAAUAAUUUUAACACGUUGUUCAAAAAAAGAAUAUAACAAUGGCAACAUUAAGUUCAAGAUAGUUAGUUUGAAUACAGUAAGUACAAUUGAGACUUCACGUAUUCACGCCUAUUGGCUCCAGUAAUUACUUUUCACUAGGUAGCCGUCAUGCGUCAACUAGCUUCCCAAUUUACGCAAUAAUUAAAAAAAUAUAUUAAUUAAACACAAGCAAACACUUGUAAAGUAUAUAUUAUGAAUUGAAUACAAGACAUGAGUUGAACGUUUUUAUUAUUUUCAAAUUGUAUCUCUAAUUUGUUUAUUUAUCACUCAUAAUAAAUAAAUAAUAAAAAAAUAUUCGAUAUUUAUUAGUAUAUGUAUUGUUAAUCAAAAGAAAAUAAUAUGUAUCUUCAAUGUCUUCCUUUAUUAAUAUGUAGCAUAAUAAUAUCACAGAAUCUUAUUCAUACUCUGAAGCGUUAAUGAUGGAAUUUAUAACCCUUAUUCGCAAACCUUAAGGAUUAUUAUCCAAUGACCCACGUCUGAAAAGUUAUGUUUUGCUACAGUAUCAACAUUGUAGGUUUUACAUUUAAAUACUCCCGAUUUAUGUAAAUGUUGGCUUAAAUAUGUAUGGCCAAGAUUAAAGAUAUUGUUCUCAAAAUAUAGUUAGGAUAUAUUGAAUUAUGCUUCAUUAUAUUGUUCACAUAAAGAAAAAUAAAUAAAUAGUAAAAGC